UAAAGACUUAUUUCACUUUUUUUCAUGUAAUUUCGAGGACAGCUUGUUCCUCAACACUGCCCUUCUUUCUUUUUUGCCAAAAAAUCGUAACGAUUUAUCAGAGUAACUGUCCUCCCUCGCAGCUGCAGAGAUCUGAGUAUCGUCUAGUGAAUCAGGUAAAUGCGUUUGCGCCUUCAGGCACGACGAAUUUUAGCCCAUUCACGCGCAGGAGAGUACUGACAAACCUCAUUCAGCUAAGAACCGUCUGCAGUCUUUGGUUCAUCAUUAAAUGCAAAGGAGCCUGCUUUGUAAUUAAUGCUUCAAGGUGUUGCAUGAUAAGGCACUAAGGGGUUUUCGGGGGGGAAAUCAUAUAAAAUUGGACAAGGAGUUGUUCUUGGUGUUUGAAAAGAAUCAUGGUUGAUGAAGAGGGCAGUAGGGCAGUGGAUAAACAAGAAGAUGCUACUGAUGCUGUAAAUGCUAACCAUGAAUCUAUGAUUGAAAGUGAUGCAACAAAGCAGGAAAUUGUCAUUAACAAUAUUGGAGUAGACAGUAAUGCUUUGUCUCACAUAGAUGCUCAUGAAUCUGUCAACAGCACAAUCCCCUCAUUUGAGCAUGCACACAGUUGUAUGGAAAGAGAAAAACUGGAAAUUUUGCAUUCUGAUGCUAAUACUCAUGAGGUUCCAACAAGCGAGGUUUGCACAACUGAUUUUGAUUCCUGUGAUCAACCUGACAAUGUUGUGAGAGACAGCUCUUCUGAAGAUUUGAAAAAUUCGGUGUCCGGAAUGGAAAUGUCUGCUGGAACCAGAACCAAUGGAGAGCCGUUGGAUAGCCCGGUUCCAGAGGAGAUAUCUACUGUAGAUGGCAGCACAGAGCCAGUGAAAAAUGAAACAAACACUGUCGAGUCAUUAGUAAACAGCAAAAGAGAGUUGUUGCUUACUAAAGACACAAAGCAGGAAUUUGCUGAUGCACUAACUGGCAAAGAGGUGCUACCAACUAAUCAGGUGAAUGCAGGAUUGUUGAAGCCAGAGUUGGAUGUUCACCAUGAUUUUAAUGCAAACCAUCCUCCCAAGUCAUUCCUGUUGGAUUCAAAUGCUGUGGGUGUAGAUGAGUCUGGAACAGAGGAAGAGCAAGCAGAAUUCAUGAAAGAACUGGAAGUCUUCCAUAAAGAAAGGUGCUUGGAUUUCAAGCCCCCACGGUUCUAUGGAGAGCCGUUGAAUUGCCUAAAGCUGUGGAGAGCAGUGAUCAGACUUGGUGGCUAUGAACAGGUGACAUCAUGCAAGUUAUGGCGGCAAGUAGGAGAAUCAUUUAAGCCUCCAAAGACGUGCACUACGGUCUCUUGGACAUUUCGGUGUUUCUAUGAGAAGGCACUUUUGGAAUAUGAAAAACACAAGAUGCAAAGUGGUGAGCUUCCUUUUGCUGAUGCAUCUUUCUCAGUGCCAUCUACUACUGGUAACCAGGGUAAUCAGACACCGGGGUCAGGUAGAGCAAGAAGAGAUGCUGCAGCACGUGCUAUGCAAGGUUGGCAUUCUCAACGUCUUCUUGGAAAUGGUGAGGUUGGAGAUCCCAUAGUUAAGGAAAAGACAUCAACCCCAACCCCAAAACGAGAGAAACAACUCAAGAGUAUUGGCUUGCUAAAGCGCAAAAAGCUGUCACCUGUCGAUGAUGUUGCCAAAGUCACACCCAUGAAAAUACCAAAAACUCACUCAGAUUCAAUGAUCACUGAUAUCGGAACUCCUGCUGAUUGGGUGAAGAUUAAUGUACAAAGAACUAAUGACUGCUUCGAAGUAUAUGCUUUAGUACCAGGCCUUUUACGUGAGGAGGUGCGUGUGCAGUCUGAUCCCGCGGGAUGUUUGGUUAUAUCCGGCCAGCCAGAAGAAUUGGAUAAUCCCUGGGGUGUCACUCCAUUCAAAAAGGUAGUCACCUUGCCUUCAAGAAUCGAUCCUCAUCAGACAUCUGCUGUUGUCACCCUGCACGGACAGUUAUUUGUACGUGUUCCAUUUCAGCAACCAGACGUGAACUGAAAGUACCUUUAUCUUUUAUGGCCCAAAAUGGACUUUGGACUUGCAGGAAAAUAUGGGGUUAUUUGUACAGAUCUUGAAUUGCACAAAUUCCAGUAGUACUCGACACUUCAACUUUCUUAUUUUGCAAAAACUUGUAUGUAAAUUUUAAUUAUUUUUCACACUUUGGGGGAUGCUGAUCGUUAUUGAACUUGUAAGCUAGUAAAUUAGGGGGCUACAAUGCCCACAGUCCGGUUCCAUUGAUUUAGCGAGGAUUUAUCUGAGGACUGAGAAUAUGUUUUCAAUGAAAGUGUUAUACUUGAAUAAUAGUUGUUCAACC